AUGGUUUCGGUCGGUCGAAUUUUUCUGGUUCUCCUUCUUCGAUUGAGCGUUGUAAAAUCGGUGGAAACGAUAGAUGAGUUCCUUGAAGCUAACUCGAGGAGAGUUCUGCGACAUGUGGAGGAUGAAUCCCCAAUUUGGAUGGAGUACGAGUUCGACAGCGGAGUUGGAAACAGAGAAGAUUUGAUCGUGAAGGACAUUUCGAUUCAUCCACACUCAACUUUACCACAAGUAACCAACUGGCAGUUCUUCCAAACAAAUGACACCAGUUACCUCUUCUGCGCUAAAGAAUCCACCCUAUCGCUGUACAAAUUAAAUUUAGAUAAUGUUGAAAUCGCUCAGAAUGUGGAUUUGAGUGUCCAGGGAGAAGUGUUGACGUUCAAAGUGAUUAAUCUAAAUUCCUCCGUGGUCGUCGUUCUGUGCGUGAAAUCGUACAAUGGAACCUCCUUGCAGUGGUACAAACUUGAUGGAGACUCUUUUGAGUCUUUCUGGUUGUGGCCGGUACAGAAACAUGUACAUGAUAUGGAGUUUGUUCAGAAGGCAGAUGGGAAUAAAUUGUUGUUGCUGGUUGAUGAAGAAAUACGAUUUAGACAGCAUUAUUCGACUGUUGAUGUUUAUGGCUUCAGCGUUGAUUUUUCGAACGAUUAUUUUCACUUUUGGUUAUGUCAAACGACCUCCGUGCCAAAAGUAAUAGACAUCCAAGUCUGCUCCAUCUACGAAAGCGUCUCCAUCGCCCUCCAAGGAAAGGACGAAAUUUCCCUAUUCGAAUACAAGGGUACCAUCUUUGGAGACACCUUCCAAGAAUUAAAAACAAUAAAAUCCCACAAUCUGAACAACUUCGCCUGCUUCGAAAGUGGAUAUCUCCAAUUCCUGGCGAUAUCCGGACCUGAAGCUGGACUCUUUCACUUCAUCGAAGGGGAAUUUCAGUACAACACAGAGUCUGAACCUAGUUUUGACAUUUCAGAUAUUUAUUGGGUCAAAGAUAUAAGAUUGGAUACGUAUAGAGAGGAAUCGUUGUUACUGCUUCAGUUACAAAAUAGUACAGUGAUUGCUUUGGCUUGGCAAGGUUUGAGCUACAAGAGGAUACAUCUACCUAGCAAUGUUCUCGAUCAAUUUAAUUUGUCAACGAUCACACCGGUUCCGAAAUUCGGAUUUUUUGCGGGUAAUCAGUUCGUGAGGUUUCACACCGAACUGAAGGAACUGAAACACCCUAUUCAGUAUAGUACAGAAAAGUUGUUGAUCGUGCAACGUCUGUUGAACGACACGUUGUAUCAGCAAGAAAAGAUCCUCGACGAAACAGAGUCUCGUAUCAGUAAAAGUUACCUAAAAAAUCCGGUGAUCACAGGAUUCUGGAAUAUCAGUUCACUAAACGCGACUAAUACAGUUCUAUCUAACAAUGUGACAUACCAUUCCGUCAGUAUAGGUUCCAAAAAGUUAACAAAAGAGGAGUUGCAGUUCGAUGUAAAGUCUUAUACCCGAAAGUUAGACGACUUACAAGAAAAAUUAGAAGAAAUCGAUUCGAAUUUGAAGGAUGCCGAUCUGAACCAGUUGCAUUUUAAUUCCGAUAUAGAAAUGUUUGGAAAUCUAAACAUUACGGGUACCUUGACGGUCAAUGAUCUAAGCGUGGAUUACAUCAAUGAUGUCAAUGUGAAUGACAAUGUCAAAUCUUACGAGACCUUCUCUUCGGUCGAAGCUGAGAACCUGACAAUUUAUUCCUUGAAUGGUAUACCUGUGGAGAACAUACGUUUCUCGGAUUCGGUGUUCGACUGCAGCGAUGUGAACUUCUCUGCAAUAAAUAGAGCACAUGUGACGGAGCACUUAUUAUUUGAGACGAUCAAUGAUGUUGAUUGGAAGAGGUUGAUGGAAAACGUUGUGUGGAUUGAUCGGCCGGCAUUUAUUCCUGGGAACACUGUCAUCGAAGGGACGCUAAGCGCUGAUAUUUUUGAUGUGGACAUAGUGAAUGGUCUCCCAUACCCUGAUGAGUAUGUGCUAACCGACGAUAGAUCCGCAAACAUAACAGGUGUGAAGUCGUUCAAUAAACUAACAGUGCAUCAUCUGAAGAACGUGAACACCCUGAACGAUAUAGAUUUCGAGGACUUCGUGAUACUGAACAGAGACAACGUUCUUAAAGAGGAGAUCACGUUCGAGGACUUGUCGGUCUACGACCAGAUACAGAUAGACGGCGAGAUAACCGGAUGGACCGAAGAGAAUCUGUUACUAAACGAAACAUCUGAGAUCUCCAACGACGUCACGUUCCUAAGUCUGAACAUUUUGGGAAACGUGACGUUCGACAACUUCUUCAUGAACCAACAGUUAUUCGAUUUUAGAGAUCUUCUCCUAAAAACGGAGGAGAACGUUGAAAUUACUGGGACAAAGACGUUCUUGAGCGACGUUCGAAUGAAAUCUCUUCACAUCACAUCUGGAUUGGUCAACGAACGUCCGAUGGACGAAUAUGUGACUUUGGACACGGAGCAAGAAUUUCCAAAUUUGGUGAAAAUAUUACCGGACGUUACAUUCGGAAACGUGACGUUUGGAGCAAUCGAAAAAUUGGAGAACCUAUUCAAGGAAAAUUCAGACUCUUGCUUGCAGAAGAUCAUAGUAUUUAAAUCACCGAUCACAGUAGAGAACUUGACGUUCGAUAAAAUAAACAAUGUGUCCUACGAAGAUUUCCAUAGGAAGCUAAACGAGACGGAUGUGCACUUCGAUAAUUUAACAGUGGAGAAUUUAUACGCAGAUAUUAUUAUACCCUCCUCAAUAAACGACGUCGAUUUCUCAGAUUUUAUUAAGAACUAUUCUUCGAAUGUGGACGAAUACGAGGUUGAGAAUUUACAAACCGACUUCUUGAACGCAUCCUUCAUAAACGGGAUGUCCAUCAACGAAAUCAAUGAGAAAACCAAUCGUUUAUUAACGAUGUUAUCAGAAAUUUUUAAUGGGAACGUUACUUUGGAGUCUCUUCGUGUGACAGGAGUGAUAAACGCGAAUUCGAUAAACGGGAAGUCGAUGGUGGACUGGUACAACGAAGACCAGAGUGGAAACAUCAUUUUCGAAGAUGGCGUCUCCAUCGGAAAUUUGACUAUUCUAGGUUUAGUGAACGGCGUAAAUUUUUCUGAGUUCGUUUCUGAUACCGUGUUGAAAACGGACACGAAUAUAGAGGUUGAUGGACAUAAAACUUUCGAUGUUGUUAACUGUGGUGUGAUCGAGACAACUAUGCUGAACGGGCGACCUAUAGAGAUGCUGUUUGACCCCAGCAAGGAGCAGGUGUUGACAGGACCCGUGGUUGUAAAUGGUUCCAUCACGGUGCUCAAUAAAUUCAACGUCACUGGGAAGAUCAACGACAUACCGUUCCAAGAUUUGAUGGACAGAUUCAAACUCGUGGGCGACACCUACGUAUUAAAUGGAGAUGUCCAUUUCAAUGACAACGUCACUAUACAAAACUUGUACACGAAUGGCUCCAUUCAGGGAAAAGACUUUAAUAGCUUUUUGAAAGACAUAGUCUUCAAGGAUGAAGAUAAUGUCACCAUAUCAGGGAAGAAAGUGUUCAACUCUGUCACCUUUGAGAAUUCGAUCACUGUCCACGAUAAGUUGAACGACAUAGACUUGAAGAGAUUCUGGGAGAAGGCUGUGUUCAUCGACAAACCAUUUAAGAUCAAAUCCAAAAUUAUUUUUAAGGGUGGAAUUCUUGUGGAUGGGGAUGUCACAGUCAAACAGAGCUUCGAAACGAAGUCCAUCAUGGGAAUCGACGUUGACGAGCUACGACAUAAUGUUUUGCACUUGAACAAACCCGCCUACAUUACAGAGCCUAUGACGCUAACGAACGUGACGUUCCUAUCGAACAUCCAAGUGGGGAAGAUUAACGACAUCGAUAUGAGUUUGUUAAUUCCUUUGCACACCGAUCAAGCUAUACCUGUGAACGUUCUGAGAUGCAGAACAGUCAACGUGGAGAACGUCGAGAUACUAGGAAAAAUUAAUGGGCAAGAUUUGAAGCAAGUUCAACAAACCACGUUUAUGGUAAAUGGGAACCAGAACAUAACAGGACAUUUCAAUUUCCAUGGUCACGUUCGCAUGCGACGUGAUUUCAAUGCACAUCUUAAUGGCAUUGAUCCAAGCAGAAUGAUUUCUUUGAACUCGAAAGGCGAUUUGAGAGGGAACUUCAUAUUCGAGAAACCGAUAUAUUUGAAGAAGAGUCUUCGGACAUUAGGUUACUUGAACGGCAUAGACCCUGCACGAUGGGAGGCGGUGGCUGUCAUGAAGAACAGCCCUCUUCGACAAGUGGUUUCCGGUACCUGGACCGUGCGUGGUGAUGUCUACUUCCAGAAGGGAGCUGUUGGGAGCGAUAUUGUGAACGGGACUAACAUCACUGAGAUAUCACAUGUGUUGGCGAAGACACAUGCAGAAAUGGAUGCUGUGUUGACAAAGGAAAAAGAAAAAUUGAAAACCACAUGUGAAGAGCUCAAACGCCUCAAAUACUACGCCGAGAAUCAAAUAUACCAAUUCAACGCCUUCGACUAUCUGCAAAUCAUUGAAUUCGACAACAAGAUAGUCAGUGUUCACUAUUUUGAGUUAGAGGACAGAGACUAUAUGAUGUUAAGCUUCACCACAUGUCACAUGCAUGCGUACGUGUACACAGGGACAAAAUUCGAGUUGAUAGAAAAUGUUCCAGAUUUUGGAGUAGUGGAACGUUGGUCCACCAUCAGACACAAGGACAUUCUAUUUUUCCUGGCUUCCGGACCUAAUUUGUGUGGACGAGGCUCUGCGAAUUUGUGGAAGUUGGAGAACGAUACGUUCACGCACGUGUUAGACUUCGGUCAGAAUGUAAAUAGCAAUCGAGACACGUUUUUAAGGAUGAUGAGUAACGAACAGAUGAGAUCAGUAGGAUUGAACGAGAGUCUGUCUUCACCAGAUGAUUUAAAAAUUGUUUUCGAUGGAGAUAAAAUGUUGCUGGCCAGAAAGUCUGAGAUCUAUAAGUACAAUGUUGAUAGUAAUGAUUUUGAGAAAGAUGCGAAGCCUGAUGUUCUGAAGUUCAAGGCUGGAUUACUGCAGAAAGAGAUGAUACUGUACUACGACGAAGAAAUUAGCAAAGAUAUAUUUAUUUAUAAGAUUAGUGGAACAAAACGAAAGGUGUUCCAAACUAUAAAGACACAUAGACCAACAUUCUUCACUGUAAUUAAUUUCGAAGGAAAUAUUGAAACACUGUUAAUCUUUAUUGAGAACGGAAUGUAUCUCCGAAUUUAUGAAUAUAAAGGUAUUGAAGGCUUCCUGUACAGAGACAGCAUAAGAAUGGACGUUGACAAAAUAUUCACCCUAAAAAUCAGAAAAUACACAAACGUGGUGAAACGACACUGUCUCGCAUUGGUUCACGAAAAUCGUCUAACGAUUCUAGAAGCAGACAUGCACGGUGAAAAACUAGACAUGGAGCUCUCCUGUCCUAAAGUGUAG